AUGCACCGCGGUCCGUUUGCAGGCCUCCCUGCAUCCAAGCAGAGUGCGAGUUUGCGUCGCUCGCGGCGCACAGCGAAGCAUGUGUUGCCGCUAGAGACGUGCGCGCUGCAAGUAGUGCCGCCGCCCAAAGAAAAAAACAAGGUGGAGUCCGCAGCCGCGCCGCUCGUUGCGCCCAAACCCCGCGUCCCGCGCAAAACCACAGAGCCCGAGGUGCUGCCACCGCUCCUACCGCGUGAUGAAAUUGAGCGGUGCACCACUCUGCAGCAGCCGAAACUCCCUUUUGACCUGCAAGAGGCCAAGGUCUUUUUGUGCGCGCAAGACCCACGGUUCAUCCCACUGUUUGAGCAAGUGGAGCUUACUAUGUACGACGAGAUGCUCAAUAGCCGAGUCAAAGACCUCAAUUUAUUCCAAACGCUGACCACCUCGAUCCUUGGGCAGCAAAUAUCAUGGCUCGCCGCACGCAGUAUCAAAUACAAGCUGUGCCGGCUCUUUGCGCCGCACCUUCCCGAAACGCCCGACUAUGGUAGUAUGAGCCCCGAGCAGACGCCAUUCCCUUCGCCACUUGCCCUUCUUGAUGCGACAGACGACCAGCUGCGCUACGCAGGCCUGAGCGGUGCCAAGAUGAAGUACGUGCGCGAUGUCGCGCGCAGGUUCGCCGAUGGCCGCCUCGAUGUGCGCCGCAUUGUACAUAUGGACUACCAAGAAUGUGUUGCGGAGCUUACACAAGUAAAAGGUGUUGGGCGCUGGACGGCGGAAAUGCUGCUCAUGUUUGCUUUGCGCAACCCAAACGUGCUUCCUGUCGGUGAUCUCGGCGUCCAGCGCGGGAUCGUCUUUUUUUAUCUGAGCGGCGCGGGCGGUCCUUUGGUUAUGGAACGCAAGCGCAAGAAAGAUGCAGAGGAGACCAAGGAGCGCCUUGUUUUUGCGCUUGGCUCGGAUCCACUGCCGCUCCCGCAAACGACGAGCCUUUCGCACGCCGUACUGCGAUCGCGUGCUCAAGGAAACAAGACCAAAAAGAAUAUGUAUCUGGAUGAAGCGGAAAUGGAGGCGCUCGCCGCGCCAUGGGCCCCAUUUCGCUCUGUUGCGUGCAUGUUUAUGUGGUCUAUGAUAGAUAAGUAG